AUGAAACUAAGCACAGACGAAGGCAGUGUCGAAAUAGAGAUUAGUGAAGGACUACCACAAGGCUGCCCGCUCUCACCGAUCCUGUUCAAUCUCUACACCACAUCCCUGCACGACAUUAUGGAGGAGGACUGUGAACUAAUCCAGUUUGCAGACGAUUUCGCGAUACUGGUGGUAGGUGAGUCUAUGGACAACAUAGAGGCUAAAGCAAAUCGAAUGCUUGCGAAACUAAACGAAGGACUAACCAAACUGAACCUAAAAACUAACGCAAGCAAAAGUGCGGGAAUCGUCUUCUCGAAAAGGAACACUGAAGGACUAAGAGUUCGUUUAGGACGAGAAACAAUCCAAAUCAAUAACACCCACAAGUAUUUGGGAUUCAUACUCGAUAGGCUUCUUGCCUAUAGAAAGCAUAUCGAGUACGUACGCGAAAAGGGAGCAGAAAAAUUAAAAAUUAUGAAAAUGCUAGGAAAUAGAAACAGCAACGCCAGCCCAGAAACCCUUAUCAAAAUCGAAAAUGCAAUCGUAAGAAGCAAAAUCGAGUAUGGGGCGCAAAUCUACGGUAGCGCGGCAAAAUCCAACAUCGAGAAACUUCAAACAAUCCAGAACGCUGCCCUGAGAACGGCAAUGCGCUACCUAAAAACCACACCCAUAAACGUCAUCCACGCGGAAACAGGACAGCUGCCAGUCAAAGAGAGAACUGAAUGGCUAACCAUAAAAGACAUCGCAAAAAGCACCUAUCACACCAACCAGAUCCAGCCGUUCAUCGAAAAGGCGAUCAACCUAGAAAAAGGAAAUGGAUCCUUCCUGACGAGCACCGCUAUCAAACAUAACGACAUCGUAUCGCAGAUCCACCCAAAGGAUGGGACGAUAUCCUGGCACAACAGAAGAACCUAUCUCGGACUAGACACGGUAAAUACUAUCAAGCCGAACUUAUUCGAAGGACAGAAAGCAAAGCAGGAGCUCAACCCCAAAGUUUGGCAACAACACUUCCUAUCGGUAAGAAAUAAGUACAAGAACUUCAAUUUCCUAUAUACGGAUGCAUCCAAAACGGCAUCUGGAACUGCCAUGGCGGUGUUCGAUGAAACGGACAACACGGUGAUACGGAAGAAAAUAAAUGGAAACUACUCUACCACCAAUGCAGAACUUCUGGCUAUCUCCAAAGCUGUAGACGUGAUAUCGGAAAAGAACUACAAAAAAGCAGUUAUCUUCACUGACUCGCAGGGAUCAUGCAAGAUGCUACUGAACAACAACAUAGUACAAGAAAACUUCAUAGCAUGGCAGAUAAUUAAAAGUCUGAAAUUGACGAUAAACAAACGAAUCCUUAUCCAAUGGAUCCCGAGCCACCAAGGGAUACCAGGGAAUGAGAGAGCAGACAAAGAAGCAGUAAUCACCACCAGUGAACCCCAAAAUGAUUUCACUGCCCUUCCUCUCGCUGAUGUCUACACUUUGGCGAAAAACGAAAUCAAGGAAAGCUGGACAAGAACAUACCAAAAACUUUCCGAAGAAAAAGGAAAAUGGCAUUUCGAAUUCAUGAACGAACCCGGAAACAAAAUUUGGAGCCACACGCUAGCCCUAUCUUCGGAAGAAAAAAUCAUCCUAAAUCGGAUCAGAACUGGACACACCCUCACCAAAGAGCGUCUGUACCGUUGGGGAUGGGAAAGCGACGAACUCUGUGAUAUUUGCGAAGAAACAGAAGAUCUACAGCACAUCCUAUACUUCUGCACAAAGUACAACAACCAAAGAGUGAAUUAUCCAAUCCUAGAGUAUUGCAAACCACUGAGAGAUAUAUUAAAAGAAAACAUUGAAAGCGAUUUGAAGGAAAUAGUCCACUACCUGAAGAAUAUUAACAUACAUCUCUAA